AUGUGUCUGACAUCCGGCCUGCAGGGAGAGAUGCCCGAGGAGAGUCAGAUUCCACGAGCCAGACACCAGACGCUAGACGAGAAGCCUCACUUUAAGGAGGUUGGCUCCCUCUGCCCUGUGCUCAGCCCCGUGCUCAGCCCUGUGGUCAGCCCCGUGGUCAGCCCAGUGCUCAGCCCAGUGCUCAGCCCUGUGCUCAGCCCUGUGCUCAGCUCUGUGCUCAGCCCUGUGGUCAGCUCUGUGGUCAGCCCUGUGCUCAGGCCUGUGCUCAGCCCCGUGGUCAGCCCCAUGGUCAACCCUGUGCUCAGCCCUGUGGUCAGCCCUAUGGUCAGCUCUGUGGUCAGCCCUGUGCUCAGCCUUGUGGUCAGCCCUGUGCUCAACCCCAUGCUCAGCCCGGUGCUCAGCCCUGUUCUCAGCCCCGUGGUCAGCCAUGUGGUCAACCCUGUGGUCAUCCCUGUGGUCAGCACAGUGCUCAGCCUGUGGUCAGCCCUAUGCCCAGUGCUCAGCCGUGUGCUCAGCCCUUUGGUCAGCCCCGUGAUCAGCCCUGUGCUCAGCCCAGUACUCAGCCCUGUGCUCAGCCCUGUGGUCGGCCCCGUGGUCAGCCCCGUGGUCAGCCCUGUGCUCAGCUCUGUGGUCAUCCCUGUAGUCAGCCCUGUGCUCAGCCCGGUAGUCAGCCCUGUGGUCAGCCACGUGCUCAGCCCUAUGGUCAGCCCUGUGGUCAUCCCCGUGGUCAGCCCAGUGCUCAGCCCUGUGCUCAGCUCUGUGGUCAGCCCUGUGCUCAGCCCAGUGCUCAGCCCCGUGCUCAGCCCCGUGGUCAGCCCUGUCGUCAGCCCUAUGGUCAGCCCUGUGGUCAGCCUUAUGGUCAGCCCUGUGCUCAGCCCCAUAAUCAGCCCCGUGGUCAGCCCUGUGCUCAGCCCUGUGCUCAGCCCCGUGGUCAGCCCUGUGGGCCCCGUGCUCAUCCUCGUGCUCAGCCCCCUGCUCAGCCCCGUGGUAAGCCCCAUGGUCAACACUGUGCUCAGCCCUGUGGUCAGCCGUGUGGUCAGCUCUGUGGUCAGCCUUGUGCUCAGCCCUGUGCUCAGCCUUGUAGUCAGCCCUGUGCACAGCCCCAUGCUCAGCCCGGUGUUCAGCCCUGUUCUCAGCCCCGUGGUCAGCCAUGUGGUCAGCCCUGUGGUCAGCCCUGUGGUCAGCCUAGUACUCAGCCUGUGGUCAGCCCUGUGCUCAGCCCUGUGCUCAGCCUUGUGGUCAGCCUAUGGUCAGCCCUGUGCUCAGCCUAUGGUCAGCCCUGUGGUCAGCCCCGUGAUCAGCCCUGUGCUCAGCCCCGUGCUCAGCCCUGUGCUCAGCCUAUGGUCAGCUCUGUGCUCAGCCCCGUGCUCAGCCCUGUGCUCAGCCUAUGGUCAGCCCUGUGUUCAGCCCAGUGCUCAGCCCUGUGCUCAGCCUAUGGUCAGCCCUGUGGUCAUCCCCGUGGUCAGCCCAGUGCUCAGCCCUGUGCUCAGCUCUGUGGUCAGCCCUGUGGUCAGACCUGUGAUCAGCCCCGUGGUCAGCUCCGUGGUCAGCCCCAUGGUCAGCCCUAUGGUCAGCCCUGUGGUCAGCCCUAUGCUCAGCCCAGUGCUCAGCCCUGUGCUCAGCAUAUGCCCCGUGGUCAGCCCCGUGAUCAGCCCUGUGCUCAGCUCUGUGGUCAGCCCUGUGCUCAGCCCCAAGGUCAGCCCCUUGGUCAGCUCUGUGCUCAGCCCUGUGGUCAGCCCCGUGGUCAGCCCCAUGGUCAGCCAUAUAGUCAGCCCUGUGGUCAGCCCUAUGCUCAGCCCAGUGCUCAGACCUGUGUUCAGCCCUUUGGUCAGCCCCGUGAUCAGCCCUGUGCUCAGCCCAGUGCUCAGCCCUGUGCUCAUCCCUGUGAUCGGCCCCGUGGUCAGCCCUGUGCUCAGCUCUGUGGUCAGCCCUGUGCUCAGCCCCGUGGUCAGCCCCAUGGUCAGCCCUGUGCUCAGCCCUGUGGUCAGCCCUGUGCUCAGCCCCGUGGUCAGCCCUGUGGUCAGCCCCGUGGUCAGCCCAUGCCCCGUGCUCAGCCCCAUGGUUAGCCCUGAGCUCAGCCCUGUGCUCAGCCCUGUGCUCAGCCCCGUGCUCAGCCCCGUGCUCAGCCCUGUGGUCAGCCCCGUGGUCAGCCCCGUGGUCAGCCCUGUGCUCAGCCCAGUGCUCAGCCCUGUGCUCAGCUCUGUGCUCAGCCCUGUGCUAGGCCCCGUGGUCAUCCCCGUGGUCAGCCCUGUGCUCAGCCCUGUGGUCAGCCGUGUGGUCAGCUCUGUGGUCAGCCUUGUGCUCAGCCCUGUGCUCAGCCCCGUGGUCAGCCCCAUGGUCAACACUGUGCUCAGCCCUGUGGUCAGCCGUGUGGUCAGCUCUGUGGUCAGCCUUGUGCUCAGCCCUGUGCUCAGCCUUGUGGUCAGCCCUGUGCUCAGCCCCAUGCUCAGCCCGGUGUUCAGCCCUGUUCUCAGCCCCGUGGUCAGCCAUGUGGUCAGCCCUGUGGUCAGCCCUGUGGUCAGCCCACCUAUGGUCAGCCCUGUGGUCAGCCCCGUGGUCAGCCCAGUGCACAGCCCUGUGCUCAGCUCUGUGGUCAGCCCUGUGGUCAGACCUGUGCUCAGCCCCGUGGUCAGCCCCAUGGUCAGCCCUGUGGUCAGCCCUAUGGUCAGCCCUGUGCACAGCCCCAUGGUCAGCCCUGUGGUCAGCCCUGUGGUCAGCCCUGUGCUCAGCCCCGUGGUCAGCCCUGUGGGCCCCGUGCUCAGCCCCGUGGUCAGCCCCGUGCUCAGCCCCGUGCUCAGCCCUGUGCUCAGCCCUGUAGUCAGCCUUGUGCUCAGCCCUGUGCUCAGCCCUGUGGUCAGCCCCGUGAUCAGCCCUGUGCUCAGCCUUGUGCCCAGUGCUCAGCCUAUGGUCAGCCCUGUGGUCAGCCCCGUGGUCAGCCCAGUGCUCAGCUCUGUGGUCAGCCCUGUGGUCCGACCUGUGCUCAGCCCCGUGGUCAGCCCCAUGGUCAGUCUUAUGGUCAGCCCUGUGAUCAGCCCUAUGGUCAGCCCUGUGCUCAGCCCCAUGGUCAGUCCCGUGGUCAGCCCUGUGCUCAGCCCUGUGGUCAGCCCUGUGCUCAGCCCUGUGGUUAGCCCUGUGCUCAGCCCCAUGGUCAGCCCUGUGGGCCCCGUGCUCAGCCUCGUGCUCAGCCUCGUGCUCAGCUCCGUGCUCAGCCCUGUGCUCGGCCCCGUGGUCAGCCCUGUGCUCGGCCCCGUGGUCAGCCCCGUGCUCAGCCCUGUGCUCAGCCCUGUGCUCAGCCCCGUGGUCAGCCCCAUGGUCAGCCCCAUGCUCAGCCCUGUGCUCAGCCCCGUGGUCAGCCCUGUGGUCAGCCCUGUGGUCAGCCCCGUGGUCAGCCCCAUGGUCAGCCUUGUGGUCAGCCCCAUGGUCAGUCCUGUGCUCAGCCCUGUGGUCAGCCCCGUGGUCAGCCCCAUGGUCAGCCCUGUGCUCAUCCUUGUGGUCAGCCCUGUGGUCAGCCCCGUGGUCAGCCCCGUGGUCAGCCCCAUGGUCAGCCUUGUGGUCAGCCCCAUGGUCAGUCCUGUGCUCAGCCCUGUGGUCCGCCCCGUGGUCAGCCCCAUGGUCAGUCCUGUGCUCAGCCCUGUGGUCAGCCUUGUGCUCAGCCCUGUGCUCAGCCUUGUGGUCAGCCCUGUGCUCAGCCCCAUGCUCAGCCCGGUGUUCAGCCCUGUUCUCAGCCCUGUGGUCAGCCCUGUGGUCCGCCCUGUGGUCAGCCCUGUGCCCAGUGCUCAGCCUAUGGUCAGCCCUGUGGUCAGCCCCGUGGUCAGCCCAGUGCUCAGCCCUGUGCUCAGCUCUGUGGUCAGCCCUGUGGUAAGACCUGUGCUCAGCCCCGUGGUCAGCCCCGUGGUCAUCCCAGUGCUCAGCCCUGUGCUCAGCUCUGUGGUCAGCCCCAUGGUCAGACCUGUGCUCAGCCCCGUGGUCAGCCCCGUGGUCAGCCCCAUGGUAAGCCCUAUGGUCAGCCCUGUGGUCAGCCCUAUGGUCAGCCCUGUGCUCAGCCCCAUGGUCAUCCCCAUGGUCAGCCCUGUGCUCAGCCCUGUGCUCAGCCCCAUGGUCAGCCCUGUGGGACCCGUGCUCAGCCUUGUGCUCAGCCCCGUGCUCAGCCCUGUGCUCAGUCCUGUGCUCGGCCCCGUGGUCAGCCCUGUGCUCAGCCCUGUGCUCGGCCCCGUGCUCAGCCCCGUAGUCAGCCCCGUGGUCAGCCCCAUGGUCAGCCCCAUGCUCAGCCCUGUGCUCAGCCCUGUGCUCAGCCCUGUGCUCAGCUCUGUGCUCAGCCCUGUGGUCAGCCCUGUGGUCAGCCCCGUGGUCAGCCCCGUGGUCAGCCCCGUGGUCAGCCCCAUGUUCAGCCCUGUGGUCAGCCCCAUGGUCAGCCCCAUGGUCUGUCCCGUGGUCAGCCCAGUGCUCAGCCCUGUGGUCAGCCCUGUGCUCAGCCCUGUGCUCAGCUCUGUGCUCAGCCCCGUGGAGAGCUAG